AUGCCUGCUGGCCUCACUAGUGGCUGCCAGCUGGCGGCGCUGCUGCUGCUCUGCAGCAUUUGCGUGGCUAGCAGCAGCAGCAGCACGCUAGCUCCUGCACUGGGUCAGUCGCUGCAGCCUACUGAGCAGAAGCAGCAGCAGCAGCAACAGCAACAGCAGCAGCAGAAGCAGCAGCAGAAGGAACCAUACUGCGAGGAGCCAACAGCAGUGGGCCUGGGCAUUGCCUGCCCCCCGAGCAGCUCGCGCCCCAUCUCCGCAGCAACUGCUUCCGUAGCAGCAGCAGCAGCAGCAGCAGACCUGAAGCAGCAGCAGCUCAUCUUAAUAGCAGCAAAUGUCCCUAUGGGCAGAGACCGUGUCUUUGGCAGCCACGGGGGCCCCCGGCAGGAGCGGCUGCAACCAUACAUGAGGAGCUUGAAGAAGCUGAAUGAGCGGCGGCAGCGUGCUGCAGCAGCCAGAAGCAGCAGCAGCAGCAGCGCGGCCUCUCAGCAGCAGCAGCAGCAGAGCACACACACAGACUUGUCCCUCGCAGACGCAGCAAGAAUCCUCAAAGCUGCUCUCGGAGACACUGUAGACCAGCCCCUGACUUUCUCCUUUUUGCGGCGGCUGCUGAACGCCAUCAAUGUGCCCAUUGCCGCAGCACCAAGCCAGCAGCAGCAGCAGCAGCAGAAGGGAGAGGAGAGGCUGGCGCUGCCGCAGGUGCUGCGGCUGCUGCAGGUCGCAGCGGGCGCGCAGACCAUCACUUCUGCUGCUCUCGAUGGUUUGCUGGCAGCAGAAGCUGUGUCUUUUGUUUUGGGGGAGGAAGCAGCAACUGGAGCAGCAGCAGCAGCAGCAGCAGCAGAGCUGGAGGCCCGCCUCGAGACUCUUGCUGCUGAGUACAUCGACGCAGCCACACGCUUCUACGCUGAGGGCACUCCUUAUUUGCUGGCGCUGCACAGCAGCAGCAAACCGGUGCGAGACAAGAUGCUGCUGCAGCUCAAGCACCUGCAGCAGCAGCAGCAGCAGCCGCUGCCGAAGCAGCAGCAGCUGGACGUGCUGCAGUCCGCGAACUCCAUCCAAGCCAGAGCGACCGUUCUCGUGGCACAGAAGCUUCCGCAGUUCGUUGCUGCAGCCCUCAAGGAAAGCAGCAGCAGCAGCAGCAACUACGAGCUGCACAUAGAAGUGCUGGAGGGGCUGCUGGUAUCUGUGCUGCUGCACACGGAAGCAGCAUACAUGUUUGCUGCUGCUGACGCGGACGCGGGCGGCAGCCUGGACAGCGCGGAGUUCCUGUGUCUGCUGCUGCUGCAGCAGCUGCACCUGCAGCAGCUUUUGCACGUGGCAGCAGCAGCAGCAACAGCAGCAAAUCUUCGCACGACCGCAGCAGUUCUUGACACCCCCUGGACAGGAGAACUGGGGGCGGGCUGGCUCGAGGCUGCGCCGCUGCUGCAGAAGGUGCUGCCUUCUGUUUCCUUUUGUCUUUUUGCUGCUGCAGAUGCAGACAGCAGCAGCAGCCUCAGCUACGACGAGCUUUACGAGUUUCUUAAUCAGCAGGACUUGCUUGUUGCUGCUGCUACUCAAACCCUUUCGGGCAAGGGCGCCGUGCUCUACCUGUAG